AUGCCGUGGGGCGAUGCCGUGGGGCGAUGCCGUGGCUCGGUCUCUCCCGCCCCAGCUGUCAGCAGCCGGGGUUUCCCUCCGCCCAGCACCCGCUGCCUCCCCGCCCUCCAUCCCACGGCGCCGCGCUCCCACUCGCAGCCGGUGGAGCUGCGCGGCCCCAGCCAUGGCAGCCGGCGGGUCCCGCUGGCACAGCUGCCUGGGGGUGAUCGUGUCCCGCCAGGGGCAGCGGGUGCAGCAGUUCCAGCAGGCGGAGGACAUCCUGCUGACCCUCCUGGAGCACGUCCAUGGCGCGGAGCCUCGCUUCCUCGUGGACUACUGCAGGAACCUGGAAGCCUUCGAGUUCACGCUCCGCACCUCCGAGGAUGCCGUCAGGGUGGAGGUGCCCCUGCGCCUCGAUGGUGAUGCGCUGCGGGUAUCUCCGUGCCAGCCCGGGAAACUGGGCACUUGUCACCUCGAAGUGCCCUCUGCGGUGACCGGCGUGGAGGACUGGACCAGCGCGGGUGAUAUGGAGCGGGGAAGUGGCACCGCGCGGCACCUGGCGCCGGGCAAAGUCCUCCAGCACCUGAAAGAGCUCCUUGUUUCGGCCAUCGUGCACUGUCAGCGCCGCUUCCUUCUCCAGCCAGGUGACCUCAGCGCCGAAAACCUGAAGGAAGAUGCCAUAGAGCUGUCCCUGCUGAUCCGCGGUGGCUGGAAGACCGUCCGCUUCGACAUCGUCCCCGUGGUGAGGAGGCAGCAGAAGCCGCUCAGGCUGCAGGGGCGGCAGCGCGACAGGGGCUUCCCCGAGGGCAGCCUCCAGAAGGCCACGGCGGAGGCUCACUUCAUCCCCGCCUCUCCCCGCUGCUGGAGAUCCUCGGCUCACCUCCCCGUCCUGAAGCUGCUCUGGGCAGUGGACACCCUGCAGGGGCCCCGGCUGGACAGCCUGCGCCUGCUGGAGCAGCUCAGCAGCCAGGACUGGAGGGAGGAGGACGGCAGCACCGGCCUCUCCUUCGACCACCUGAAGAUGGUGCUGCUGUGGAGCACGGAGCUGUUUCCCUCGCCGGAGGACUGGCAGGACCUGGAGGGCUCCGUCUACAGGCUGCUGGUGGUCCUCCUGCGCUGCCUGGCCACCCGGCGCCUACCCCACUUCCUACGCCCGGGGGAGAACCUCUUCCACGGGGAGCCCCUGGACCUCGCCUCGCUCCAACAGAAGGUGGAGGCCUUCGCCCAGGACCCCCCGCGCUUCCUUCGCUUCCACUUUGGGCACCCCGCGAGCACCAAGGGCUUGCAGGCAGACCCUGAGCUCAGAGCCCUCCUGCGGCUCCCUGACGGGGACAGGGCGUACUGGGACACAGCCUAUUUUGACAUCCUGCUCAGCCAGCUGCAGGUCUACGGGAUCCAGGACGACGCGCGCCGCUCGGCUAUGUCCCAGCUCCUCGCCAAGGUGCAGAGAGAAAUCCCCAUGAGGAGCUGAGCGGGACCCGCUGCCGCCCCGUCCAGGCGCCCCCUGCUCACCCCCACUGUCUGCAGGGAGAGGGGAAAGGGGGCUGCGGGGGGCUCUGGGCCUUGUCGCCUGGGGAAAUGGGGACGUGGGCGCUGAAACUCGUCGAGACCAGGCAGGAGGGAGGGGAGCAGCGUGGCGCCGUGGUGCUUUAUUCAGGAAAGGCGGUGCCAGGGAAGGAGCAGGGCGGCUGCAGCAGCUGGGGGGUGGUGAUGGAAGGGCCAGGAAGGGAAGGGCCCUGCACUCGGGUCCUGCCUCCACCCCACGGGGCUGCUGAGUGUCGUGGCUGGGGGAGGAGGAGAGGUGGGGAUGUGGGGCCAGGGCACCAGGGCAAGGAGUGCCACCCCUGUGCCGUGUCCUGCCAACACGCUGCGCUCCCACCUGGCACACGAGGAUCCAACGCCCGGUGCCACCCACCGCCACCAGCACGUGCCCCACUCCCGCGCACCCCGUGUGGCCCCAUUUGGGGUCCCGCAGCGCCUCCUGCCAGGUCCCCCGGUGGGCAGAGGAACCCCCACUGCUCAUGGAGUUCACAGCCUGCUCCGGCGGCAGCGCUGCAGGGCAUCGCGCAGGGCCCC